UCACUGUCAAAAAAGUGAGGUUAAUUCCAAGCCAAAAAUCGAUCAAAACAAACAAAUAAAAUAAACCUAUUCUAGCUUCUCUAUUUACUCCCUUUUUGAGUAAAACAAUAAAUGGAUCCGGAAGAAUAUUCUUCGCCGCCUCCACCAACGGAACCGCCCCCAAGUUUGCCCCCGCCACUACCAGAAAGACCCAAAAAACUCUCAGCCACAGAACCAUCGUCCCAAAUGUCCACUUUAACAACGAAACUCCAAAACAACAAACUGGAAGACGCGGAACUCGAGGACGAAGACGUUUCGCAACACAUGACCCAGUCUUACAGCGAGAUCUCUUUCAAAUCGAGCCCCGAAAUUGAACAGGACCAGGACUUGCCUUCCCUCGAUUUGGACUCGGUCGAGGUGGAUGAGCAUUUUAGUAAACGGCCCGCUACGCUUCCGUCGCAGAAACGUAGCCCCAAACCCGUAAGACCGUUAAACUUGGACGGUACAGUGCAUGUCGAAGGGAACAUGACCCAUUAUGUGGCCGAAGAUUUGGAGUCGAAAAUAAAACAGUCUAGUCCUGGGGCGAAGCUCGGCGAGUCUCGCAGUGGCACCCCCAGUAGUUUAUAUCGGCAACUAUUAGACCCUCAGCUCAGUCAGAUCGAUAUGGCUUUAAUAAAUGACUUGGAAUGUGAAGCACAAAGAAUGGCAACUUCGGUGGAUAAUUUAAUAGAAAAUUUAAGUGGAAUUUUACACUCUGCAUCUUCAAUUACGGCGGAUAAUGUGGAUGUGUACAAGAACGCUGUGUCUAAGAUGUCUGACUCAAUGGAUGGAAAUAUUAAAAGUAUGUACACAAUGAUGGCCAAGGCUGAGGAAAUAACUCAAAAUAUGAAAUGUGUUGAUCAGUUAGCGGCAAGAAUUAAAGAGAUUAAAAAGCUUGUCGAGUUGUUUGAGUCAUUUGUGUGAUAUUUUAAGGGAAUAAAAGUCCCUUAGUAAUGCAUCUUUUUAUGUUCUUGUAAGUCUUUUUUUUUAAGUGUAUAUUUGGUUGUGCUUAGUUAUUAAGUAAAUAAAUAGUUAUAUUUAGGCGUCAAUAAAUUAAAAAAGAAUCAAAACUUU